CGAUAUCCACCAUGGUGAAAGGCUGCUUCCUCUUGCUCCUCUACUACACAUGUCUCGCGUCAUGUUACACUAACCCGAAAGGAGCAGCUCCUCCAAACUUCAUAUUUAUAGUGGCAGAUGACCUGGGCUGGAAUGAUGUCGGGUUCAGGAAUCCACAGAUGAGAACACCGAACCUGGACCGUCUUGCCCAUGAGGGUGUCAUCCUGAACUCUUCCUAUGUCCAGCCUGUCUGUUCUCCCUCCAGGAGUUGUUUCAUGACCGGAUACUUCCCCUACAGGACCGGACUCCAAGAUGGCGUUGUUAAUGUUGAACAGCCGAAGUUCUUACCCCUAAAUUUCACUACACUUCCUGAAGCGCUGAACCAGCUUGGAUACGUGAGUCACAUAGUUGGUAAGUGGCACCUGGGGUAUUGUAACUGGAGCUAUACACCAACGUACAGAGGUUUUCAAUCAUUUCUAGGGUACUAUUCAGGAGCUGAAGAUUAUUACACCCACUAUCGUAAAGACACGUUUAAUUACACUAGCCUUGAUUUCCGAACGGACAAGGCGCCUUUAACUACCCGUAGAGGUGAAUAUUCAGCUAAUAUUUUCGCAAAAAAAGCAAUUGACAUCAUCCGGUCACAUAAACAAAACCAAUCGUUAUUCCUCUAUCUGCCGUUCCAGUCUGUACACGAGCCGUUGCAGGUGCCAGGGGAGUACGAGGACAGAUGUAACCACAUACAAGAUCUUCACAGGAGAAUUUAUUGUGGGAUGGUAAAUGCUUUGGAUGAGGCUGUUGGCAACAUCACGGAUGCUUUAGUUGAGACUGGCUUGAUGGAGAACCUGCUCAUGGUGUUUACUACAGAUAACGGGGGUCCAACCUACGUUGCGGCCAAUAAUCUACCACUACGUGGUGCUAAGACAACACUAUGGGAAGGGGGCACAAAGGGCACAGCAUUCAUCUACAGCAAGAACCUACUUACAAAGAAGGGAUAUUUGAACACUGGGAUGAUGCAUGCGGUGGACUGGUACCCUACCUUGCUGCAGAUUGCUGGAGGAGAUCUUGGGAAUAUUAUUGACAGAGAUGGAGUGGGUCAGGCAGACAUGUUGUUGAAUGGAGGUCCAAGUAAAAGGGAUGGUUUUGUGUAUAAUUAUUACAGCGGAAAAAGAAAUGGUUCAGCGGCGAUUCGCUAUGGUCACCUAAAGUUGAUUCAAGGAUCCCCUGGCAACUACAGUGACUGGACACCUCUGCCCAAGUUAGGGCAAGAGCCACUGGUCUUGGAAGACGAGAUAGAAUUCCCACCGUACAUGCUCUUCAAUAUCACUUCCGAUCCUACAGAGCACUUUGAUCUGUCGGCCAAAUACCCUGAGCUUGUGGAUGAGAUGAAGGUUAAACUGGAAGAAUGGAGGAAACGAGGAAUACCCGCCCAGAAUCCACCAAAAGAUCCGAAGUCAAAUCCAGCCAACUAUGGGGGUGUAUGGAGUCCUGGUUGGUGUUAGUGAAAUGGGCACUGUUGUUUGAUACAUGGUGAUUUGUGACGGCUUCAAAACAUGCUUUUCAGUGAAUCAGGGAAAUGUUUGAUUCUGAUUUGUUAAAGAGAUAUUUAAAACCACAAAAAAACACCUCUGAUUGAAAGCGCUGAUAAUGACUUGACGGUCACAUCACCGUGGAUGUUAAUAUGUAUAGACUGCUUGAAAUAAAGAGAAU